AUGGAUUUUAGUCAGAGCAAUUUGUUUGGAUACAUAGAAGACCUGCAGGAACUAACUAUUAUAGAGAGGCCGGUCCGCAGGAGCUUGAAGACACCAGAAGAAAUAGAAAGAUUGACAGUUGAUGAAGAACUCAGUGAUAUUGAAAGAGCUGUCUAUCUACUCAG